AUGACUGCCAGUAUCAUGAGUCACCUCCCAUCAAUUCUUAUAGUGCGGGCCGCGGCGCCUUUGCGGCUGGUCGCACUAUACUGCACUGACUGCAGUUAUAUGGAGGAGCAGGGGGAGGUGUUGUGGCGUCACACAACGUGAUGCUGACGUCAUGCCAACGUGGGCCGCUGCGCAGUGUAGGGUGAUUGUAUGAAUUUGAUGUGUAGGGGAGUGCAGAUUUUUUAUUUGUAGGGACUGUAUGAACUUUGUGAAGUGGGUGCAGGGUUUUUAUGUGUAGGGGGUGUAUGAAGUUUAUGUGAUGGGGUGUAUGAAGUUUAUGUGAUGGGGUGUAUGAAGUUUAUGUGUAGAGGGUGUAUGAAGUUUAUGUGUAGGGGGUGUAUGAAGUUUAUGUGUAGGGGGUGUAUGAAGUUUAUGUGUAGGGGGUGUAUGAAGUUUAUGUGAUGGGGUGUAUGAAGUUUAUGUGAUGGGGUGUAUGAAGUUUAUGUGAGGGGGUGUAUGAAGUUUAUGUGUAGGGGGUGUAUGAAGUUUAUGUGAUGGGGGUGUAUGAAGUUUAUGUGAUGGGGUGUAUGAAGUUUAUGUGUAGGGGGUGUAUGAAGUUUAUGUGUAGGGGUGUAUGAAGUUUAUGUGUAGGGGGUGUAUGAAGUUUAUGUGAUGGGGGUGUAUGAAGUUUAUGUGAUGGGGUGUAUGAAGUUUAUGUGUAGGGGAUGUAUGAAGUUUAUGUGAUGGGGUGCAGGGUUUUUAUAUAAAGAGGGGGUAUGAGAUGUGAGGGGGUAUUUGAUGUGUAGGGUGGGUGCAGGAUUUUUAUGUGUGGGGGAUGCACAAUUUUUAUGUGCAAUAAAUAUUCUUGAAGACAUUAACAAAAAUGUGUGGGUGUAUUUUUUUACAUUUUAAGGGAGAAGAAGGGGGGGAGGGGCAGGGUCCGCCCCGGAUGCCAAAUGCUCUAGGUACGCCCCUGCAUUAGAUGACUCUUUAAAGAUAGUGUUUAGGAAGGCUGUGCACAUUACUUGCAGAGAGGUGGGACUAGGACUUCAUAAACAAAGUGAUUUAACACAAGAUGGAAAAGUAACACAAUUGGAAGGUGAAAAUGAAGUGGAGAAUAGACCCACUAAUUAAGUUGAGCGUAACGGCAGUUGCCAUUAUAAUCCAUAGGCUAUUCUGAAGAGGUGGAUUUUUAGGGAAUUAUUAAAAAAAUUGACGAGUAGGGAAGAGUCUGAUGGGGGGAAGUUGUUCCAAUGGAGCCGCCCAUGAGAAGACCUGUAAGCUGGAGUUAGCAAUACGGGUAUGUGCAGGAGACAGGAGAGUGGAGAGGCCGAGAAGGGGUGUAGUUAUGAAUUAGUUUAGAAAUGUAGUGGGGGGUAGAUUCUUUGCGAUUAAUUACUGUCUUCUGUCAAUGACUACAAACGGUCUCAUUAUAUCUCAGUAUUAUCUCCUAAUGACUCAGAGCUGUCUCUCAAUGACUAUGAACUGUCUCUUUAUAUCUCAGUAUUACUUCCUAAUGACUCAGAGCUGUCUCUCAGUGACUACGAACUGUCUCUUUAUAUCUCAGUAUUACCUCCUAAUGACUCAGAGCUGUCUCUCAAUGACUACGAACUGUCUCUUUAUAUCUCAGUAUUAUCUCCUAAUGACUCAGAGCUGUCUCUCAAUGACUAUGAACUGUCUCUUUAUAUCUCAGUAUUACCUCCUAAUGACUCAGAGCUGUCUCUCAGUGACUACGAACUGUCUCUUUAUAUCUCAGUAUUACCUCCUAAUGAUUCAGAGCUGUCUCUCAGUGACUACGAACUGUCUCUUUAUAUCUCAGUAUUACCUCCUAAUGACUCAGAGCUGUCUCUCAAUGACUAUGAACUGUCUCUUUAUAUCUCAGUAUUACCUCCUAAUAACUCAGAGCUGUCUCUCAGUGACUACGAACUGUCUCUUUAUAUCUCAGUAUUACCUCCUAAUGACUCAGAGCUGUCUCUCAAUGACUAUGAACUGUCUCUUUAUAUGUCAGUAUUACCUCCUAAUGACUCAGAGCUGUCUCUCAGUGACUAUGAACUGUCUCUUUAUAUCUCAGUAUUACCUCCUAAUGACUCAGAGCUGUCUCUCAAUGACUAUGAACUGUCUCUUUAUAUCUCAGUAUUAUCUCCUAAUGACUCAGAGCUGUCUCUCAAUGACUAUGAACUGUCUCUUUAUAUCUCAGUAUUACCUCCUAAUGACUCAGAGCUGUCUCUCAGUGACUACAAACUGUCUCUUUAUAUCUCAGUAUUACCUCCUAAUGACUCAGAGCUGUCUCUCAAUGACUAUGAACUGUCUCUUUAUAUGUCAGUAUUACCUCCUAAUGACUCAGAGCUGUCUCUCAGUGACUAUGAACUGUCUCUUUAUAUCUCAGUAUUAUCUCUAAUGACUCAGAGCUGUCUCUCAGUGACUACGAACUGUCUCUUUAUAUCUCAGUAUUAUCUCCUAAUGACUCAGAGCUGUCUCUCAAUGACUAUGAACUGUCUCUUUAUAUGUCAGUAUUACCUCCUAAUGACUCAGAGCUGUCUCUCAGUGACUAUGAACUGUCUCUUUAUAUCUCAGUAUUACCUCCUAAUGACUCAGAGCUGUCUCUCAAUGACUAUGAACUGUCUCUUUAUAUCUCAGUAUUACCUCCUAAUGACUCAGAGCUGUCUCUCAGUGACUAUGAACUGUCUCUUUAUAUCUCAGUAUUAUCUCCUAAUGACUCAGAGCUGUCUCUCAGUGACUACGAACUGUCUCUUUAUAUCUCAGUAUUACCUCCUAAUGACUCAGAGCUGUCUCUCAAUGACUAUGAACUGUCUCCCAUUGAUUCAAUGGAGUGUUUGUGUUAA